AUGUGCACCGAGAACGUUCGAGUAGGCGGUCACGUGACCAAGGCAGAGAAGAAGGUGGCAAUGAUGGUUGCCAUAAUGAUAGUGGCGUUCUUCUUCGCGUGGACGCCCUACGCCAUCUUGGCUCUGCUGAUUGCAUUCGCCGACGCCCAGGUGGCGCCCUGGCUCAGUGUGGUGCCAGCCCUCAUGGCUAAGAGCUCCAUCUGCUACAACCCUAUCAUCUAUGUGGUGCUCAACACACAGUUCCGGUCAGCCUGGCGACGUCUCCUCGGCGUGACUGUCUCUCUAGAACAUCCGGCGAGGUGGUAGGACCCUGGCCAGUCCGGC